ACGAAGCAUGAGUAAUUUAGUUUUUAAUAUUAAUGUUUUGAAUCAAUUCACUCGGAAGUAAUAGUAUGUCAGUAUUUAAGUGGCGUACUGUUGUCCUUAACUUAUACCUCAUACAGCUGUUGGGUUUAGUUCUUAGUUUAAGAUAUGGCAGAUAAAUAUAGUUAUGGACAGCAGAUAUGCCAUCAAAAGAAAUCAAAUGCGCCAAAGAAAGUUGUCAACUGAACUUGAAAAUAUUCACGCAAGACUUGAAGGAAGCCUAUGUUUGCUUGAACACGAGGUAAAAGAAGUUAAAAAAGAUCAGGAAAGGCAAGAAGAACCGGACCUGGACUUCGAUAUUUCGUACUUUAAGAAAAGGUCAGAAACUAACACUAUGGGUGAUGCUAGAAGACGAGCUAGCAGUUUUAGCAUCAGUGAAUCCAAAACCAACGUUUGUGGUCCGAAAAAACCUAAUUUACAUGAAAGAAGAGAAAGUAUUUCAAAAAUACACAAAAUCGAAUCUCCUGUUGCGCAAUAUAUUACAAGUCCAUUGGUUCCAUCUUAUGCUAAAACGAGACGGAUGUCUCUUCCGGCAAAUAUAUUCCACUCCCAUGAACCUUUCAUAGGAUUACAUGGUUCUAGCUCAAACAGUCCUGGGGUGAACAAGGGGAGUGAUUCCAGCUUAAAAGGGAGCCAUAAUGAUGUUAGAAGAUCACGUGACAGUAUAAGAUCACGUGAUAGUUCACCGGAAAUGGAAAAAUACGAAUGUCAGAUGAGACGUUUAAAACGCGAGCUAAACCAAAGGAUACCCAAAACCAUUAAACAGUUGUCAAGAAUACCACUAACGUCUACAGAGGAGCGUCAUAUUAUAAAAUAUAUAAAGGAGGAAGAACACAAACAAAUGACAGAACGGAAAAAUGCCGAGAUUCUCGAAGGAAUACAAAAGUGCACCUAUCUAAGAACGAAAAAUCCUGCAGAACUGUCAGUUGAGGAAAUGUUAGACAGAUCACCCGACUAAUCAAAUAGGUCACAGACUAACAGUUCUGAUCAUAAUUUAUUUAAAUUUUAUGUUAAGAUACAUAUGGAUAUUGAUGUAAAAAUAGAAAUACCGCUUUAUUAAAGACUUCAAGCACUAGAAUGGAAAAAUGUAUUCUGGCAAUGAUUUGCAGACUCACGAGAGCAGUAUAUUUUCCCUGUUGCAAAAUAGUUUCCCAUGUAUGCAGUUAAAGUACCUUAAUCAUGUCAAAAAAAGUUCCAUCUUUGUUAAACAAAGACUUAAGUACGCUUCAUUGCUAUCGUAAUCAUUCCAUCAUAUUUUUUUGCUUUUAGAUGACGUUAGUUGAUCACAUGAUUUGUAAGUUUGUUGUUCAUAAAUAUUUUUAUAUAAAUGAUACAAUUGAAGAGUA